AUGAUUAAAUACUUACUCAUUUGCCUCCUAGCUAUUGUUACCAACGGUACAGUAUUGGGAAUUGAUUUCGGAUCUGAAUUUAUCAAAGCAGUUUUAAUAAGUCCAGGCAAAUCUUUCACAAUAAUUGAGAAUACUACAAGCAAACGAAAAACAGAAAAUGCUGUAAGAUCUAUAAUCUAAGCUUAAGAUUGCAUUUUACAAUAAGGAGCGCUUGUACGAAAGUGAUGGUGUUUCCAAGAAAUCCAAAUCUCCUAAGAAUACAUUUACAUUCUUAAACAAAUUUUUAGGAGCAUUAGCGAAUGACGAAAAAAUCGUAGAAAUUUCCAGACAGUCCUAUGAAGACUUUAAAAUAGAGAUUGAAGAGGUAAGGAUACUAAACAUAUGAUUUUAGAGAGAAGGAACAUUUGCCUUUGAAGUUGAUGGCGUAUAAGUAGAAGGAAAGGACACUAUGAUAGUAAAGGUCGAAGAAUUGGCAGGAAUGGUUCUUAAAUUUAUAGCUAAGUUAGUGGAUUUCAAUCAUUAGAUCUAAAUCAAAGAUGUUGUAUUGACAGUACCAAGUGAAUGGAACAUAAGUUAGAGAUCGUAAUUUAAAAUUAAAUAUUUUAUAUAGUGCAUUAAAAUCAGCCGCUUAAUUAGCAGAAUUAGAAGUUUUAGGAAUCAUCAAUGAAAAUACAGCAGCUGCUCUAUAUUAUGCCCUUGAACGUUAAGAUGAGAAUAAGCACACUGCUUUAUUUUAUAACAUAGGUUCAUAUAAUGUUCAAGUGUCUUUGGUUGAAUUCUAGGCUGUAGAUGCUCAAAAGAAAAAGAUUGAAACAUUAAGAGUUCUAGCUGACUAUUCCAUCCCAAAUGCAGGUGGCCAAUCUUUAGAUAUCUUACUAGCAAAUCACUUUGCAAAGGAAUUCGAUAAUCAACCAUCAAGAAAAGGAAAGAAGUCUAUUUUUACAAACUCUAAAGCAAUGAAUAAACUAUUAAAGGCAUCUAAUAAAUACAAAGAAAUAUUAUCAGCAAAUAAAGAGACUUAGGUUUAUUUGGAAGGUUUGAUUGAUGGAGAAGAUUACACUACAUCAAUUUAGAGAUCAACUUUUGAAUCAUUAUUCGAAAAUAAACUUGAACAAUUGAUAGAACCAAUUAAUUACGUUUUAGAAAAAUGCAACAAAACUAAAGAGGAUAUCAAUAUCGUUGAAUUAAUAGGUGGAGGCAUUAGAGUUCCUAAGAUCUAAUAGGUGUUAGCUACCUAUUUUGGAAGUGUAGAAGUUGGAACACAUUUAAAUGGGGAUGAAUCUAUGGCAUUUGGUGCUGCAUUCCAUGCUGCUAAUCUAUCUCAUUCAUUCAAAGUUAGACCAGUUUAAUUGACUGACGGUUUUAGUUUCAGCAGUUCUAUUGAAAUUAAUGGAGUUAAUAAUGAUGACGAUUAUCAUAAAGAAUUCUCAUUGUUUGGAUACAAGAAGAAAUAUGGAAGUACUAGAUCUUUGGAAUUCACUUAUGAUAAAAAUUUAAGAUUAGAUAUCUAUGUGGAAAAAGAUGGCUAGAAAUCAAAAUUAAUGUCCUAUCAUUUAAACAAUAUUACUAAUGCCACAGAACUCAAUUUCAGUAAACCUGAAAUCUCACUCACUUUUAAAUCCACUUCAAAUGAGUUUAUAAAGUUAGAAAGUGCUGAAAUGAAAGUUGAGGAAAUUAAAUUAAUUGAAAUCAAACCUAAUGUUACAGCUACUAAUACAACAUCAUCAUAGGAUAAAGAUAAAUCAACAAAUAAAACUGAAACAAAAGAUAAUGAAAACUCUGAAGAAGGUGAUCUUUCUGAAGAAACUGAAAAGCAACCAGAUGAACCCUAAUAAACAGAAGAGCAACCAAAAGUUACCGAAUAAGUCAACUAAGAACCUUAAUUCAAAAAAUAGAAAUUUAUUCAUACUUUCCCCAUCAAUUAUACUAUUACUCAUCAUGUAGUCUUGGGAUUAAAUCAAUAAGAGAUUGAUGAAUCAAAAAAAAUUAUUAAAUAAUUUGAAACUGCUGAAGAAAAUAGCAGAAAGUUGAGUGAAAUUAAGAAUAAAUUGGAAUCCCUUAUUUAUACAGUCAGAGAAGUCAAAGAUGCUGAAUAUUUCUAAAAGGCUUCAACUGAAACAGAAAGAGCUGAAAUCUUAAAGACAAUUGAAGAACAUUCUGAAUAUCUUGAUAGUGACGAAGCAUGGACAGCUGAUUUUGAAAAAUUCAACACUAAGUUUACUUAAUUGAAUAAUUUGUAAUUUUUAUUCCUAAACUAAAUAGGUUAAAACCAAUCCAAGUUAGAUUAGAUGAAGCUAAGGCUAGACCCUAAUUCAUUAAUGAAACAAUCACUAAAUUGACUGAUUUCCACAAGAAAGCCAAUAAUCUUAAUUCAACUAUGCCUUGGGUUCCUGAAGAGAAAAAAGUAAAAUUCUUAGGACAUCUUGCAAAUACAACAGAUUGGUUGAAAUCAAAAUUAGAAGAACAAGAGAAGAGGGAAUUGCACUAAGAUCCAGCAUUUUUAAUUGAAGAUUUGAAGAAAAAGAUGGAUAAAGUGAGCGAAGAGUACACUAAAAUAAAAUCAAUAACUAAACCUAGAAAAGUAUAUAUAAUAAUUAUCAUAUAAGACUUAGGAAUAAAAAGAUGAAGAAAAAAAGAAGAAAGAGGAGAAAAAGCAAAAUAAAAAAGAUGCAGAAUCUGACUCAACAAAGGGUUCAAAACAAUAAGAAUAAAAUUAACAAGAUGAAAAAGAAGAAUAAUAAAAUUAAUAAUAAUAAUAUGAUGAAAAUUUUUAAGAUUAAUAGGAUAGUCAGACCUAAGGAGACGGCGAUCCAACAAUUGAGGAUUUGUGA